AUGGAAUCAAGAUUAAGACUAAGAACCUUACAUAUGCAGGGGCUCGGGAGGACUGCACUGCGUGCGCGCAAGGCGGCGACGGCGUGGGGGAGGACUGCGAGGAGGUGGCCGGGGGAAGGGGCUGCGGCGGCGUGGUCGUGGGGCCGGGCAGCGGCGGCCCGGGAGGAGCAGGAGGUGGCGGCGACGGCGUGGGGAGGAAUGCAGGAGGUGGCCGGGGGAAGGGGCUGCGGCGGCGUGGUCGUGGGCCGGCAGCGGCGGCUGGGAGGAGCAGGAGGUGGCGGCGACGGCGUCGUGGGGGCCAACGGCGGCGCGGCGCCCGGGAGGAGCAGCAGGUGGCGGCGGCGUGGUCGUGGGGCCGGGCAGCGGCGGCGCCCGGGAGGAGCAGCAGGUGGCGGCGGCGUGGUCGUGGGGCCGGGCAGCAGCGGCGUGGUCGAGGUGGCGGCGGCGCCGUGGUCGAGAAAUGUGUGA